AUGGCUUCGCAACGCUAUGAAAGAGUGUCUGCGAAUGAUGCCGAGUCGCCUCUAAGCCCGACCAUACCUAGAUCGCCGCCACCGUCCUUCAGAUCCCGCGCUUCGUCCCCAAACUCUAGACACGCCACGGCUAUGGAGGACCAGAAUCUGGCUGAUACUUUCGAUGCGGACGGGUCCGACAGCGAUGAGGAGAACGACGGCGAUGAUAGACAGCGAUUAAUGCGGGGGGCGUCCGUGGUGACUUUGACUGAGCAGAUCGAUGGGACAGACAGUGAGGUUCAAAGGCCAACGGUCAUCGAGAGGAGACCGAUGCCGUUCCCGGCUUUUGUUCCUCAAACCCCUACGAAUGGAAGAGUAUACGGCGGUGGAUCUGGCUCCGAUGGUGUAUUCGCAAACCUGAGUGCUAAGCCCGAGAGGGGUGAGAAAUUGGAAGAACACCCACCCACAUACGAGCAAGCAGCUGCAGAUGCCGCGCCCCCUUACUGGGAAACAACCAUUCUCGCACCCGGUAUGGGUGGGCCCGACGAAGUCUAUAUCGACGGCCUCCCCGUCGGCUCUGUCUUCUCCUUCAUCUGGAACGGCAUGAUCUCCAUGUCGUUCCAGCUCGUUGGCUUUCUCCUCACCUACCUUCUACAUACCACCCACGCCGCUAAGAAUGGUUCUCGAGCUGGCUUAGGCAUCACGCUCGUGCAAUAUGGCUUCUACAUGAAAGGGUCCAACAUCAUCCCGCCGGUCCAGGACGGCCAAGACCCCCAAUAUCAACAACCCCCGGACCCUAACAGCCACGACUUUGACCCCAACGCCGUGAAUGGAGGCCGCGUGGACUCGGGAACUGGAGGGCUGGGUGAUUUGGGGAUGAAUGAUAUCAUGGCGUACAUCCUCAUGAUCGUCGGCUGGUUCAUCCUUAUUCGCGCCGUCUCCGACUUCCUGAGAGCAAGGAGGCACGAACAACUAGUCUUGCAAAGCCCGGAACGGGGGUUGAACGUGCCGAUCAUUGCUACGGGUGAGGAACCGGGCACGGUGGUCUGA